CUGUUGUUGAUAGUUCCACAGCAUAUAUGUCACUGCGUGUGUACAUAACAUAGAUCGUGGGUUUGGAGGAAAUAGAGCGUGUUUUCUCGAGUUGAAGUUGUAUAUUGGUGUGUUUGUGUUUAAAAAUAGCCGGCGUCCUGGUUCCGUUUUUACCAUCUGGUCUGAAACUUGAUGAGUUAAAUCCAGACCAGGAACAGAAAUAUGCCCAGCACAGGGCCGAGCCCUCUAUAUUGAUCUCUACUCCACUAUACUGCAUAUACAAUAUACCACUCUUAUACCCUGAGCUGGGAUAUACUUCUUUCAGAGUUCCAUCCAAUCGCCUUGUUUCAACACAUAGGAUGCUGAUAACUAUUUAUUUAAGUCGCAAUGAGCUUCUCCCCGGUUGCAUUUUAUAACGAGGUGUUUUAUAUACCAUGAAGAUAACGUCUUCAGAAGCUAGCAUCAUCUUCACGCUUCCUGCCGCUAAUCCAGACCGACAUGCUUCGGUACUUGGUGUACAGUUAUGUUGUCUUGGAUGAAGCACGACUCAAAGGUGACGGCCAUUGACUCCCCUGAAGCCGCGUCUUCUGAGCGGAAGUGACGUCAGUAGUUUGCCAUGAGAUGGGAAAGGAGAAACACCAGCGUUCAGAGUUGCACCGACGACGACGGCAGAGGAAUACCGAAAGGGGCCAGCGUGCCCAGAUCCGGAAGGGUGUGGGUGCCUGCAUCUUUACAUUGGGAAUCCCACUAGCUAUUGCUGGAUCCAUCAUUCUCAUAGUUGCCAAUAUCAAAGAAAACGCUCAAGACGUCCCGGCCUCCUUUCCUGUCCUUGGGCCUGUUCUUCUCACAGUAUCUAUCAUCUUCUUUGCUGCAGGCAGCUUCCUCACGGACAUGAUAAGUAUCAAACCAUGUGUUCAAAUCUGCUUCCCAGAUGACCCAAAGGCAUUCUGCUGGAAAAGAUGUCCUAUGUUAUUUUCAGUCCUAAGACCCAACGAAGUGACACUGAUACACAGGCGGGAGGCGGGCCUUCACGCCCUCCAAACAGAGCCUUCCAAACCAGUCCUCAAAAAACACACAGAGGUGCCCAAUGUUCCACCUGUCCGAAGAGGUGUUAGGUUUUCCGACACAGAUGGGGAUGCGGGACCAGUGAGGAUGUCGACAUCUUCAGACGUCUCGGAUACCGGCAAAGUUGAAAAUACGUCUCUUCUGUCUCUGCGCCACUGCAAGAUCUACCCCAAGGAGAGCGAGAAGUGGGGGAGUAUGACAUCAGAGCCUGGAGUUAAUGAGGAGGUGGUGGAGAAUAACGAUGAAGUCUUUACUCUGUCAGGAAGCAAGGCUGUGGACAGUGACAGCGUGUUUGUGUCUCCUACCGUACAUACCACAGAUAUUGACAACUCGUGUGACGUGCCAACGGAUAUUCUGGUCACCCAGAACCAGCACAACCAGGAUGGGGAACAUGAAGUGUUGGUUAUAGAAUGUGAACAUUAGGAAAGAGAUGAAGGAAGCAGCCAUAGAUUUAUAUUUUUUAAAGCUGACAAGUUUUUAAGAGUGUAUUCUGUUAGACUGCUUGCUUGAAUCCAAAGACAUUUUGUAGGAAUUUAACCAACGAUACCUUCAUGUAUCAGGAUCAUGAUAUACUAUGGGCAUGUCUGCUCGAAUUUGAUAUGACUUACAGGAACACACUCUGGAGAUUGAACGCGAAAUGACAAUUCUUUCAAACGGUCUCAUCUUACGUUGUGUAACUGAACGAGCACUGUUAUAUAAUAUCCUGUUUUCUGGAGCAAUUAACUCACGGUAAGAGUAAUAUAGCAGUUAAGUGUAUUCAUGCUGAAUGAAUUGUUGAUAUUCGACGUUUACUUGAGCAAUUAAUAACUGUGGGUUCGUUCGUUCGUUUGAAAGAAAUGCUAUUUUCUGUUUAAUUCCGAGAUAUAAUCUCGUUUACUCAAACCUAUUUCGAGUUUAUUUCUCUAUAGUCGGAAAUGGAAUGGAAUGUAAUAUUUUGCCGCGUAUGCGUUCAUUGAACAACAUUCCAAUGUCUACAGUAUCGACCAACGUCCCCCAAGAACAGCUUCUUUGGGGAACAGGGGAACAUAGCCAAAUGUGUUUUAAGACAUGGGUUUAAUUAAGGAACAACCAUUUUCAGUCUUUAUUUAAAGACAUAUCACGUGUUCUCUGAAAGGAGGGACCAACCAAUCUUUCUGCAUCCACAACACAAUAUUUUAAAACAUCCAGUAUGUCAGGUGAAGGAUUUUUUGGUGUGUAGAACCCGGGUACUUUUUUUCCGGCAUAAUGAACAAAUUAUGUUUGUUAAAAGAAUCCUCCACCUCCAGAUUAUCAAAUUGUCGUCCUCUAUCAGGUGAUAUCGUGAAUGUCGUCUCUACAUUAAUUAUAUACCUCAGUUAUUAACCGUAGAGGUGAUCAUAUCGAAAGACGGGUGAUUCUAAACAAUUUUGUUGUACUCAUUUGUCUCAAUAUUCGCUUGUUCAAUGCUGUCAGCGAUUCAGUUUCAUUGAAGUCCCGUAGAUUGCAGUCGUCCAGGUGUAUCUAUUUAGAAGGACUAUGUAUAUUGAACAUGUACUUGGUUUUAAUGUAUGUACUGUUCCAGAGUUGUCGACAGUGCUUAGCAAUAAGGAAGUAUGUAUUUUAGACCAUAAUAUCCAUGGCGGCUUCUACACUCCAUGUCUUACAAAGCCAGUUUGAGUUAUGUCGGUGUCAAAAGGCAUGCUUGCUAUUCACUACUACCAGGAACGGGAUCAACCCCGAUAAACAAGUGAUAAACUUGCCCAUACUAUGUCAGUAGUAUUGCAGAUAUCUGAUCUGAUAUGUUCCAUGUGAUAAAUGGAUUAUGAAUAUUUAUACCCUAGUUUACUGACAGUUUUAUUUCUAAUAUUAUGGAGAUUGAGAUAUGUCCAUGUUGUAUUGAUGUGAUGUACAAUCAGUCAUAUUUUUCGUGUUGUUUGCACGUAAGUGUAAAUUGUGUAUUAAACAAUGUUUUAGUAUGAA